GCUGCGCCGGGUUUCUCUCUCCGUGCGCUUCAGAGGAGCGCGGGAUAUAAAGACCCACAUAGAGAGAAAGAGAGAGAGAAGGAAAGAAAGAAAUAUCCAGUCCUGUAUGUUGCUCUUUUUCCUCUUUUUAUUUUCUCCGAGAGGGAACUAACGGCUCUCAGCUGCAGACUGAAGAAGCUUGGCCACAGUGAGACCAUGACGGCGCUGCGCCCUGCGUAAAAACCGCGCGCUUUUUCCCCCUUCAUUCGUUCUCUGGUGGUCAUGGGCUCCGCAGGCUGGUUGUUCUCCACGCCGAGGCUCCUACUCGCACUGUAAAGCGGAUACCAGGUGGGAUCUAUGGUCCUUAAAGCAGGAGGGAAACGAGAGGAAGUUUGAGAGCAGAGGGAGGAUGCGGGCUGCGGGCUGGUGCGCCGUGUUUCUCCUCACACCAGCGCUCUGUCUGGUUUCAAGUGUUCACGGUUCCAUCCCAGGGAAAUCAGAGCUGCUCAAGUCAGGAAGCCCCAAAUCAACGUUAAAGCACAUAUGGACAGAAAGCAGCAAGGACUUGUCGAUCAGUCGGCUGCUGUCACAGACUCUGCACGGGAAGGAGAACGCCACAGCCCUGGACCUGCGCUAUGACACGCCGGAGCCCUACUCAGAGCAGGACCUGUGGGACUGGCUGAGGAAUUCCACCGACCUGCAGGACUCCCGACCCAGGGCCAAGCGACGGCCCAUGGUCAAGACGGGCAAGUUCAAGAAAAUGUUCGGCUGGGGAGACUUCCACUCCAACAUAAAGACGGUCAAGCUCAACCUUCUCAUCACCGGCAAGAUCGUCGACCAUGGCAACGGCACCUUCAGCGUCUACUUUCGACACAAUUCCACGGGCCAGGGGAACGUGUCCGUCAGCCUGGUCCCACCGACCAAGAUCGUGGAGUUCGACUUGACGGCCCAGCAGUCUGUUAUCGACGCCAAGGACUCCAAGUCCUUCAACUGCCGCAUCGAGUACGAAAAAGUGGAGAAGGGCUCAAAGAACACGCUCUGCAACUUCGACCCGUCCAAGACAUGCUUCCAGGAGCAGACGCAGAGCCACGUCUCCUGGCUCUGCUCAAAGCCCUUCAAAGUCAUCUGCAUCUACAUCUCCUUCUACAGCACCGACUACAAGCUGGUGCAGAAAGUCUGCCCGGACUAUAAUUACCACAGCGACACCCCCUACUUCCCCUCUGGCUGAAGCCCUGCCACCGAAGCCCCCCUGUUUGAAGGACAACAGAGGCAAAGUCGGGGAAAAAUCUCUCCCCGAGCACAACAAAUAUGUGUUUCUCGUACUGUCCCAAACAUGCCUACCUAAAGUGACCCAGAUCUAACGAAAUGUCUCAAAGGAUUUCAAUUUUUUGUGCAAAUAUCAUUAUACAGAAAUGUCAUCUGAGAGCAAGAUUAUGAUUAUUAUUAUUGCUGCCGUGUUCUUCAGUUAAACGUGUCAGUCUGGUUUUUAUUUUAGAUUAGUUUAUUUGUACUCGUUACUGUUUUAGGUGGUUUUAUUAAUAAAAUGUUGAUUACUAGAUUACUGUCUUCUGAUCACAGUUGUAGGGGAUAGUAAAUCAUGGCAUCUGCCAGCUGUUUGUUCAUUCUUCUUCUUCUUAUUAUUAUUAUUAGUAUUAUUAGUAGUAUUAUUUUUUUCAAAUGAUUGAAAAUUUAGUGUGUUUCAAUGUUUAUCUUUCUUUUGUUUCUAAACUUAUUUAUUGUGUUUAUUAAGUGUUUAUUUCUUAAAUACGCAUUUAUUAAUAUUAUUUGUUUAGCCAUCUGAACAUUUAUUAGUUUAUUGUUUAUUAACCCCACUGACAAUACAUGGAAGCGAAGACAAUACACUUUCUGCCAACAGUGGUGUAUUCUGGACGUUUGAAGUCUGAAAGGGAUUGGAAUAUUGUACCAUAUCCAAAAGAAAUGGCUGUCAUCCUCCCCUCUGUCUAAAAUCCUCAAAAACCCCCAAGCUUUGCUGAAUUCUCUCCUCCGGAGCCAGACUCCCGCCUACAAACUAAGGACAACCCUAAACUUGCGUUGGCGCCUUUGUGGACGAGGAAGUGGCUUCUACGGGAAAUGAACACGCCUUGACUAAGGGCAUGUUUUCUACCUUUAAAAAAUAUAAAAUAAUCAAGAAAUAAAAAGAAAAGAAAUGUAAGAACCCGAUAAACCACACAGUUGUUCCUCAGCUGUUCCAGCUAUGUUCUAGUACUGUAAUAAUCUUGGAUGGUUCAGCCCACACUGUCUCCUGUAGUGUUUAAAAAGAUCCAGCAGUGGUUAGAGGGCUCGCUCAUUGCCAUUAUAACACACAGUAAUGUAUUGAAUUCUAUAUCUUAGAGCUUAAUUUGUAUGAAUGGUUUGUAUUGUACAUAGUCGAUCCUGAUGGAGCUGCUUCUGUAUAUGCCCUCAUCCACUGUCUGUUGAUCCUUCUUCUCCCUCUGCCCCUCCCCCAUCUCCCCACCACCCCCACCCCCCAUCCCAUAUAUGCUUGUUCUUGGUUUCUCUGACAAAGAAAAACGAUGUUGCUGAUGUAGAUGUGAACUCCAUGAAACCUAUGCUCUUGUACAGAGGCUGUAAAAGUUGUCAAAAAAAAAAUAUUAUAAGUACUUACCAUCUGUAUGAUCACAAUUACUUUCAGGGCAAAAACUGGGGAUGGAGAUGUACAUAUGAAUAAAACACUGAAAGUUU